AUGGAAGGAGGACCGACAAUCCGUGACUACAUCGACGCACGCAAGAAAUCCGGCAUGUCGUGGGACGACUUCCGUGCGCUGAAAAAUAAGAGCGAAAAGACAGAGCUUUCCGAUGCUGCCAUGGUCGAGGCAGCAAAAGAUCCAGGGGACCAGGCAGGCGCUCCAAGGACAAGGACGAUGAACCCGUCGUCACAGCAGCAGCAGGAGUCGGAGCAGAAGCAGAAGCAGGAGUCCAAGGAGGCACCGCCAGAGCCGGUCUCCAAGGCGGGACCGGGGGCGGGACCAAGGGCGCUCAGAUGACAAGCACAAGAGAGAGUCACGACCACACCAUGAGCGCUCCCGGCACGAGCGCUCGCGAUCAAGAUCACACUCUCGGUCACGGCAGCCAAGAGAAUCCGAUGGAGCAGCAUCUUGAAGUGGAAUUGCAGGUAUCCGGCUUCCACCACCUCACUCUCGCUCACCGAUACGUCACACCGUCAGUGCGAGUCUUCUUGGUUGCUCGGUUUUGAAUCCACAGAACCGGCUACUCCUAGUGUUGGGGGAGGGGAACGGCGCGGGCGUUAGGGGCCAGUAGCAAUCGGCCAGCAUUCUGGUAUUGCCUGAUUCGGCCAAGGACCACUGGUCUCUACAGAUCCACCGCAAGUGUCCGUCGGUAUUCUUUUUUUGGUGUGGGCAGGCUAGGUCUUGCCGCUUUUGAAGAAAACCAGGCGAUAUAUGCAAAUACAUGGUCGC